AUGGACAAGCGAACCAUGUGCACAGUGGAGAAGCGCGGCCGCGUCCACCUCAUCACCCUCACCGGCGCCGGCGAGCACCGACUCAGCCCAUCCCUCAUCUCGGCCCUCCGCUCCGCCUUGGCCACCGUCCGCGCCUCACCCAGUGCCGGUGCCCUCGUGCUGGCCGCGGAGGGCAAGUACUUCUCCAACGGCUUCGACCAGGCCUGGGCGCGCACGGUCCCGCCCCACCUCCACGACUCCAUGAGAGGAGCCUUCCGCGCCCUCGUGGCCGACCUCCUCGCGCUGCCCAUGCCCACCGUGGCCGCCGUCACGGGCCACGCCGCCGCCGCCGGGUGCGCGCUGGCCCUCGCGCACGACUCCGUCGUCAUGCGCGCCUCCCGCGGGUUCCUGUACAUGAGCGAGGUCGACGUCGGCCUCAAGUUCGCCGACUACUUCGGGGAGCUGCUCCGGCAGAAGGUCCCCGACGCAGCGGCCAGGAGGGACAUGGUCCUCGGGGGGAACAAGAUGACGGCGGCGGAGGCGGUGCGGCUGGGCAUCGUGGACGCGGCCGCGGACGGCGGCGUCGAAGACGUGGUGGCCGCGGCCGUCGCGGCGGCCGAGGGGCUCGCGGCGAGGGGGUGGGACGGGGAGGUCGUGGCCGAGAUCAGGAAGGCGAUGUGGCCCGCCGUGUGGGGCAAGGUCAAGGACCACCCCGCGGCGGCGCGGCCGCGGCUGUAGGCUCCGGUAUAUCGUACGAGGCCACUCCUCCCCAAGAAUUGGCUCUGAAUCCACAGCAAGCCGUAGAUCUGUGAACUUCAGCUGGGAACAGAGUAAUGUUCAGGAACUGCUCGAACAGAAUCGUCUGGCCAAGAAGAUCGCACCGGCGACAUGUGCCGGUGGUUUUCCUUGUGCUCUGACAGAAGCUCUUUGAUCUUCGAUUACGGUUUCACUGCAUGUGGCGUAUGCUGUUGCUCUGACCGAAGCUCUUUGCUGUUAGACUGAACUUGUGAAGCAUGACUGCAUGAACGAUGAACCGCUUUCGCGUAUAUGGUGCACAGCAUUAUCGCUGGCCACCAGAUCUGGUAGAAAGUCCGAGAAGUGCUGAACCCGGACUGUUUUCUUGAUGAAAGUGAGCUUCUCCCUAUAAGAUGCUUUGCAUGAUUUUAAUAUGGGCUAUAUACGGACAUAAUACACUAAAA